CCUUCGUUAUCGUUAUCGACGCCUUCAUCGAAAUACUAAAUGAAAUGAGUAAAUGUAGAUCUCUAUUUUUAUUAAAAACCGCACAAAACAUGACGAUAGAUAGAUCUAGAUGAUUAGAUUUAGAUUUGCCUGAGUCGUCCUUAGCAAACGUGGGAUACUGAUUUAAGAUCUAGAGAUCUAGCUAGAUCUCUAGAUCUAGAUCUAAAUUUAAAGAUCACCCAAGAUGAUCCCCCAGAUCUCUUCCAGCUGGAUGCUUCCUCUACAAUGUUUGCAAUCAGUGACAGCUGUCUGCAUCAUAGGACUAGCACUCUUGUUGUUUAUUGUUAACAGAAUUUACAGAUCUUUUAAAAUAAAGGAGGAUUUUGGGGAUCUUUACGUACUAAUUACUGGAUGUGAUACAGGUUUUGGAUACCGUACUGCCAUCAAGUUGGAUAAGUUAGGGUUCCACGUGUUUGCCACUUGCUUGACCCAGGAGAAAGUUCAAGAGCUGACAGAAACGUGCUCAAAAAACCUGGUGGCGUUCCAGAUGAACGUUGCGGAUGAGGACACAAUCAGAGAUGGGUUAACACUUGUGAAAAAACAUCUUGGGGGAGAAAAAGGGCUGUGGGCUCUGAUUAACAAUGCAGGAGUUGUUGGCGCAUUUGGCCCCUGUGAGUGGCUGAAGAAAUCUGACUAUGAGGCUACUCUAAAUGUGAACCUGCUAGGUAUGGUGUCUGUGACUAACGCCUUCCUGCCCCUCGUGAGAAAAUGUCGAGGUCGUGUUGUCAACAUGUCCAGCACGGUGGGCCGCGCAGCCCUGCUACCUGCUCCGUACUCUGUGUCCAAGUUCUGUGUGGAGGCCUACACGGACAUGCUGCGCAGGGAGGCUGAGCACUGGGGGGUCAGUGUGCACACCAUAGAGCCAGGGGGGUACAAGACCAACAUUACAGAUCCUGAUCUUCACAGUGGAAGUGCUGAUAAAGUUUUUAAUAGCCUUGACCCAGAAAUGAAGAAUCUGUAUGGUGAAACAUACAAGAAAAAGUUGAUUGAUAUGGUGAGUCUAUUCAGCUACACCAUUGUAGGACGAAACCUCGAUGAAGUAGUCGACACAUAUAUCCACGCAGUUUCUGCACGCUUCCCAAAGACACGCUACGUGGUUGGGUUUAAUGGGAACUUUGUUCUGAGACCCCUGUGGACCCUGCCCACUUGUUUUGUGGACCUCUGCAUGUCUCCGCUCUAUCCUAAGCUUAAGGGUAGUUAAAAAAUAUGGAACUCACUGCUGAGUUCCGAUCAGGUGGUUAAAGAUAAUGGUUGAUUAAUCGUAACUGGUGAUUUAUUAUAGUAGGUCAUUAAUCAUAAUAAAUGAUAAACUAAAAUAGUUGAUAAAUACUACUAUGUGAUUGAAUAAAAAUCUAAAAUUUAUUAAAUUAGGUAAUUAAUUAUAAUAGGUGAUUAAUUAUACUCUUAAUUUAUUAUAAUAAGUGAUUAUCCAUAAUAGUUAAUUAAUUAUGGUAACUGAAUAAUGACUUGCAUUGAUAAUUAAGAUAGUAAUAAUAAUUUGUAAUGAAAUUGUUCAAACAUUCCAAAUGCUAUGUGGUUAAAUAUAAUAUUUAUAUACUGAAUAUGGCAAUAAUUGAAUAAUUGAUAAAAGUAAGCAAUUCUGUCUAAAUCAGAAUGUUAUAAAAAUUACAUUUACAAAUGUUAUUGUAAUUGUUUUAUUUUACAUCUCUUAAAUUGUAUUAUAUUUCUAGUUUAAUUAAGCCCACUAUACAUCUAAAAUUAAAUUGGAUAAAAUCUUUCUUUGUGACUAGCUAUGCUGAAACCUUUGAAAGCUGUUUGAAAUAAUUUAACCUUAUUGACUCUCUAUAACCAUAAUUCAAAUUUAAGUUAUACUUAGUAUUAUGUGUAAAUAUUUUGAAUUUACAAAGGAAUUUUAGUAUUAAAACUUAUAGUUUACUCAACUUAUAUUUCAAGUUUUAAAAAUGUACUUUAGUGCACAUAUUGUUUUAUCCUUCCUUCCGUUUCUAAAUAAUAAAUGGAAAUUAUUAUUUCUUUUUUUAAAAUAUGUUAUUUACAUCUUUUCGCUA